GUGGAUAAGAAUUUGAGGCACCGUCAUGUUAAUUACUCCUAAUGAAGAUAAUGUUGAUGGGUGUGUACAGCAUCAGAUCUUUACCCUCGUGCAAGAAACAAGGGCAAUCUCGGGAAUCAAAGUCCCUGCCUCAAUAAAUCUAUAUGCAACAUCUGUCUGUAUAGUGUAUAUAUACAACACCUUGGAUUGGAUCCUUCUCUCUCUCUCCCCCCUUGUGUUUGUGAAUUUGCAGAACCAUCAAUCUCUCUUUUCUUCUGAUUUCCUUGUCAUCAGCAAACAGACCAAACGGAAAAAUGCUGGCAGUGUUGGACAAAUCGGUGGCCAAGUGCCCAGAGGCUCUACAGAGUCCGCACUCGGACUCAGUCUCUGCGCUGAGAGAUGGGUUUCUGACCCAACACUUCUCGUCCGUACACUCUGGUUCGGUCACUGUCGAUUUGGGUUCAUCGGGCCUCAUAGCCUACUCCAUGGACAAACAGAGCCCUCUCCUCCCAAGGUUGUUUGCUGUCGUCGAUGACAUAUUCUGCUUAUUCCAAGGCCACAUUGAGAAUGUCGCACAUCUUAAGCAGCAAUAUGGCUUAAACAAGACAGCUAAUGAAGUGAUCAUAGUCAUAGAAGCUUAUAGAACUCUAAGAGAUAGAGGUCCAUAUCCUGCGGAUCAGGUCCUGAGAGAUUUUCAUGGGAAGUUUGCAUUUAUUCUGUAUGACAGCUCUUCAAAAACUACUUUUGUAGCUGCAGAUGCUGAUGGGAGUGUUCCCUUCUUCUGGGGAACCGAUUCUGAAGAGCAUCUUGUGUUUUCAGAUGAUGUAGAUAUUGUGAAGAAGGGCUGUGGCAAAUCCUUUGCACCAUUCCCGAAAGGCUGUUUCUUUACAACCUCUGGUGGCUUGAGGAGUUUCGAGCACCCCCUUAAUGAGUUGAAGCCAGUGCCGAGGGUUGACAGUUCAGGCCAGGUGUGCGGUGCAACUUUUAAGGUGGACGCAGAGUCUCGCAAGGAAACUGGAAUGCCUAGAGUUGGGAGUGCUGCAAACUGGUCCCAAAACUACUAAAGCUCAUAACCCCAUUUCCUUUAUGGAAGGCGGUUGUUAUUACUAUUACUUAGCUUUCCAUGUACCUGCCCUCGUUUACCCUAUUGUCUUUCAUGUUUCCCUCUAGAUGAUCGCCGCUUUAAUGGUUACAAAACUUGAUGGUGCUAGGAAGUACUAUGCAAACUAAGCUACCGGUGUUGCUUACUGUUUCAGUUUCUAUUAAAUGGAAUAAUCUCACUUUUGCAUA